CGUGACGUAACGCGUCGGUCCGUAUGACGCCGCAUCUCUUUGUUGGUCCAGCGGCAGCUGCGCUCAUGUUGUUGUAGCUAGCUACUCUCUCUCUCCGGAAAUAUUUUUUUCUCUUUCGAAAUAUUUCGUCUCUUGUUUCGUUGCGGCCUGUACACAUCCUCGAUUCUAGCGUUUGGUGUCAUACCUUGUCACAAUAUCAAGUUAACCGAGUAAUGGACUCAGACGAAGGGUACAAUUAUGAAUUCGACGAGGAGGAAGAGGAAUGCAGCGAAGACAGCGCUGAGGAGGAUCCCGAAGACGACACCCUGGAAGUGGAGUUGGAUGAUCCUGUUGUGGCCGGUGGAGAGCGAGAUGAAUGUGGGGAGACCGGGGGCAGUGGCCUAGGGCCCGGUCAAGACGAGGAGGACUAUCGGUUCGAGGUUCUGACUGCUGAACAGAUCCUUCAGCAUAUGAUCGAGUGUAUCAGGGAGGUCAAUGAUGUCAUCCAGAACCCUGCAACGAUAACAAGAAUACUUCUUAGUCACUUCAAUUGGGACAAAGAGAAACUGAUGGAAAGAUAUUUUGAUGGGAACCUUGACAAAUUGUUCUCGGAAUGCCAUGUCAUCAACCCCAGUAAGAAGUCGAGGACACGGCUGAUGAACACGAGGUCCUCUGCUCAGGAUCUUCCCUGUCAGAUCUGCUACCUGAACUACCCAAACACGUACUUCACUGGCCUGGAGUGUGGACACAAGUUCUGCAUGCAGUGUUGGGGGGACUACUUGACUACCAAAAUCAUCGAGGAGGGGAUGGGACAGACAAUUUCCUGCCCUGCUCACAGCUGUGAUAUAUUGGUGGACGACAACACAGUCAU